GUGGCCGUGGUGUCGAACACGAAAAUUCAUUCUGCUUAUUCACGUGUUUACUGCGAACACGACAGUUGACGAAACGAAAAUGGCUUCACUUAGAAAUGCGUUCAAAUCAAACAAAGCUCAUCGAGAGAGACACCAGCCGGAAGCCAGAGCCCAUUUGGGCUUCCUGGAGAAAAAAAAAGACUAUCGCGAAAGAGCUAGGGAUUUCAAUGAAAAGAAGGGGGCAUUGAAAGGACUUCAAAAGCGUGCACUCAACAAGAAUCCUGAUGAGUUCUACUUCCACAUGAUUCGAUCCCGCAUGGAGGAGGGUGAACACAUUGAAACACCAAAAGAAGAAGAAUGCACUCCUGAGCAGCUGAAAUUGAUGCAGACUCAAGAUUUGAAGUAUAUUGCCCACAAACGUCUGGUAGAGUCCAGAAAGAUAGACAAACUACAGGCCCAGCUUCACCUCAUAGAUGCAGAAAAGCCAAAUAAUCACGUGUUUUUUGUUGACACCAAACAAGAAGCCAAAAAUCUGAAUGUAGCUGACAGACUUCAAACUCAUCCGGCUCUUCUAUCAAGAAAGUCCAAUAGACCUAGAUUGGAAGAUCUAAAAAAAAUGGAUCUCAGUAAAAUAUUAAACGACGAAACUACCAAGAAUGUGGCAGAGGAGCAAAUGAAGUCUUACAGACAACUGGAAAAAAGAAUCGCCCGCGAAAAGCAACUGAUGGUCGCGCAACAAAAAAUGGAAAUGAAAAAAAUGCUUAGAGCCAAAAGUUGUAAACCACCCGUACGGAUCGCGCCUGGAACAAAGAGCACACCGCCAAUAUAUAAAUGGAAACAUGAGAGAAAACGAUAGAUUUGCAUCUCCUUUUCCUUUUAGGGAUGUAUGUCUGACUGUUUGGCUCUUUGAUACAAAUCAACCAAGUCCA